AUGCUUGAAAGUGGUCUACGGAGCUUUGCGGCUUGUCAAGCGGCUUUCACUGCGCUGCCUCAUCGCACCUGUCCCUCCCCCACAUCCUUCAUCUCUCGACGCGCUCGACGACCAUACUCUGCGCAUCCCGUCUCGCCGGGCCUGCCGACUGCACAGACGCCUCAGCGAGCGCUUCUAUAUGUGCCCGGGUCGAACGAGAAGGCCCUGAAGAAGGCUUUAGGAGGAGGGUUGACGGGCGAGGAUGUGCCGGAUGUUGUCACUCUCGACCUGGAGGACUCGGUUCGGACCGAGAAGAAGAGCGAGGCGAGGAGGCUGGUGCGGGAAGCGCUCGAGAGUGCACCUGACGACCUGAAGUCAAAACGGUUCGUGCGGAUCAACCCGGGCCAGGCAGGUUUGGACGACCUGGAAGCCGUCCUAAAAUCACGUCGUAUCGACGGCCUGAUCCUCCCGAAAGUCAACACCGCUCAAGACCUGCUCGCCGUCCACGACUUCAUCGACCGACACUCGCCUCAUGCUGAGCACAAGUCCUCGCUGAGGCUUGUCGCAAGCAUCGAAAGUCCGAAGGCACUGCUGAAUAUGCAGGAGAUUGCGAGCUGUUCGGACAAGGUUGGCGGUUUGCUGUUCGGUGCCGAGGAUUACUGCGCCGCCUCUCGCCUCAUCCGCACACCGUCUCGACGCGAAAUGCUCUUCGCGCGCUCGUCCAUCGUCACUAUCGCGCACGCCUACGGCCUUGCCGCUAUCGACCUCGUUUGCGUCAAGUACAAGGGCGACGAAGCGCAGCAGAUCUUGGAGGACGAGUGUAAGGAAGGACGCGAGAUGGGCUUCACGGGCAAGCAAGCUAUCCACCCUGCGCAGGUCUCAACCAUCCAGCGAGCAUUCGCUCCCUCACCGGCCGAGAUCGAACGGGCACAAGCGAUUCUCGCUCAGUACGCCGAGGCGUCAUCGAUCGGAGCAGGAGCGUACGGACUGAGGAAUGCGGACGGAGGAGUAGACAUGAUUGAUGCACCAAUGCUGCUGCAGGCUCAGAGCAUUAUCGCUCAGGCAGAAGCAGCGGGACUGCUCUAA